CGCUGGCAACGUCAUCAUUCGAUGCCGGAAGAAACCUUCACGUGUCAACCUCUAAAGUGUUGACUCAAUGUGUGGAGUUAGGUAAAAUGGCUUUAUAGCUAUCGUAUACAAUUAGUUUUUUUGUGUUGUCGUUAUGCGAUUUUACAGUGUUUUAGUUAACAUCAUACUGGGUGUUUAGUAUGAAUACAGUGUCCUUUGGGCUGAAGCUUUCUACAUUGCUACUCGAGAGAUGCACAUUCACUGGGCUGCCCCUUAUAACGGCUUACAGUAGUCGUCGUUUUCCCCAAACUGUUUUACUGCAUCAACGGACAAUGUCCACGAACGCUCAAGGACAACAUCAAAUGAGCUUCAAGAAAUCCAAACCAAAAGACACUCUACGGCACGUACGGACACGAGAGCAGAGAAAACGGUCGGACACGCUCGGUCCAACCACGGUCUACGUCCAAGUAGUCGGUGCGGGAAGCCGGGACAAUGGCACAUCGAUAUACGUUUUCUCCGACCUCAAUAGGUAUCUGUUCAACUGCGGCGAGGGGACGCAGAGACUUAUGCAGGAACACAAGUUGAAGGCUGCUCGCUUGGACAACAUCUUCCUUACAAGAAUGAGCUGGGACAAUGUUGGAGGGCUGUCAGGUUUGAUCCUGACGCUGAAAGACACCGGCGUUCCAGAGUGCGUUCUCUCCGGACCUCCUCAGCUGGAGAAGUAUGUGGAUGCCAUCCGUGUGUUCUCUGGGCCUCUGGAUGAGAUCAAGCUAGCGGUCAGACCCUACACACAGGAACAGUACUCAGACGAAACCAUGACCGUCACCCAAGUACCCCUCUUUGCCCAGUACGGGGCAGACUGCUCCAAGCGUGUGCCAAGCUCUGGGCGGGCCAGCCCCUCCAGCAGUUCCCCUCCCAGCCAGCGGAGGGAGCUGUGGAGGCAGGAGGAUGCGGAGGACACCCCUGUGGACAGCAGCAGAGGGAGAAGGAGUCCGGACAGUCCAGGCGGAAGAGGAAAGCAGACAAGCGACCCUUCCCUGGUCGUAGCGUUUGUCUGCAAGCUUCACCCCAGGAAAGGGAAUUUCCUGGUCAUGAAAGCCAAGGAGUUGGGACUUCCUGUAGGCACAGCGGCCAUCGGCCCCAUCAUCUCUGCCCUGAAAGACGGGAGGAGCGUCACACACGAAGGCAGAGAGAUCCAGCCUGAGGAGGUGUGUACGCCUACAGACCCAGGCCUGGUGUUCCUGGUGCUAGAGUGUCCCUCUGGAGAGUUCAUCCAGCCUCUCUGCUCCAAUCAGCAGCUGGCAAGGUACCAGGCAAGAGGGUCAGAUGAGCAGGCUGUCCUCGUGGUCCACAUGACCCCUGAGACCGUCCUUAACACUGACGAGUACAGACAGUGGAUGGAAAGGUUCCCCUCCACCACAGAGCACCUGAUCCUGAACCAGCAGGCCUGCACCGUCCACAACGUGAGGAGCCAGAAGAUCCAGACCCAGCUCAACCUCAUCCACCCGGAGAUCUUCCCUCAGCUCAGACACAUCCAGACCAAGGAGCCCCAGGCCUCCCUGCACGUACCCAACGUCAGAGCCGAGUGUCUGCUCAAGUACCAGCUGAGACCCAAGAUGGAGUGGCAAAGGGAUGCCAUCCCACCAUGUGACCCCCAGGAGUUUGUGAAGGAGGCGGAGGAUCUACCUCACUUCCUGGAGGAAGUGGAGGCGUGCAAAAACUUCCGCUCCACGGACGCCACUGUUCUGUCUGGGCGGGUGGAGAGGCACCCUGAGGUGGUGUUCCUGGGGACUGGGUCUGCCAUACCCAUGAAGGUCAGGAACGUCAGCGGAACCCUGCUCAACACCAGUUCCAGCCAGUCCAUCCUGCUGGACUGUGGGGAGGGCACCUUCGGCCAGCUGUGCCGUCACUAUGGAGACGAGGUGGACGCGGCCCUCGCCAAGAUCUCCACCGUGUUCAUCUCCCACAUGCACGCAGACCACCACACUGGUCUGUUUAAGCUGCUGUACGAAAGGGAGAAGGCUUUGACCAACCUCGGCCGGCCCUUCAGCCCUAUCUACCUGGUAGCACCCUCUCAGAUCAUGACCUGGCUCAACCAGUACCAUGACCACUGUGAAGACAUCCUCAGUCACGUCAACAUCAUACCUAACAGGUUCCUGUGUGAGGGGGCCGAGAUCCCCAAGUUCAAGACCAAGAACUUCAUCCAGGCCAUGCUGAGGAAGUCAGACAUAGAGAAGUUCCAGACGUGUGCAGUGCGGCACUGCAAGAACGCGUACGGCUGCAGCAUUCGGCACCAGGCCGGCUGGCACCUGGUCUUCUCCGGCGACACCAUGCCCAGCGACAGCCUGGCACACAUGGGGCAGAACGCCACACUGCUGAUUCACGAGGCCACACUGGAGGACGGGCUGGAGGAAGAGGCCAGGGAGAAGCGACACAGCACCACCUCUCAGGCCAUCAACAUAGGCAUGAAGAUGAAGGCUGAGUUCAUCAUGCUGAACCACUUCAGCCAGCGCUACGCCAAGAUCCCUCUCUUCAGCGAGGACUUCAACGACCGGGUGGGGAUAUCCUUUGACCACAUGAGGAUAAGGUUUGGAGACUUCAGGGUCCUGCCCAGGCUCAUCCCUCCUCUCAAAGCUCUGUUCGCCCAGGAGAUCGGAGAGAUGGAGGAGAGGAGAGGGAGGAGGGAGCUACGGCAGGUGAAAGGGCCGGGCCCCGUGGAGGACAAGGUACCCGGUGAGACCCAGGACGUGGCUGACCGGGGGGCCAAGAGAGGACAGGAAGAGGAAGAGGACAGGCCUCAAGGCGUGGGAACUAAGAAACUCAAAGCCAGCUAAGGACCUUUUUGAGUCGAAUGAAUGCCCUUGAAAACAAACUGUAGAAGUCAGCGUCAUCGGAUUCCUAGCGAGAAAGCAUUGAUCUUGAACAAACUGUGUGAGGACUAACAUCUUUUAGAUGUAAAAUGAGAUGUGUUUGAAAUGCUUGAAUAAUAAGCAUGCGUGUGUAUAGUUUUCAGAUGACCUUUGUGUGUACAUACCACACCAAUUAAUUAACAAUGUCUUUCAGUUUUUAUUUGAAGAAUAAAUUGAUAUGAAAAGAUAAUGAAUCUCAACAUGACUGAUGAUCCUGCUGGUUAAACCAAAUAAACAGUUUUUUGUUGUUCUAAGGGAUUGGCAGAGAAUGUGUCCAUUGAUGUAGCCCUGA